CAAGCGCCGGUACCCGGAGUGGCAGUGCUCGAGCCUCUACGUAGGCGGAUGCCCUGUUACCAUGGCGACGGCAGAGUCACAGCUCGUCUGUCGACUUCGCUGUAACUAACUGCCUUGUGAAUAAACUGCGCUCAAGUGGCCUGCUUUUCAUUUAUCAACCACGGAGCUAGAGCGCUUACUUCCGGAGCGUUAAGUUUUUUUUUUACUGUUCGUGUCCAGCAGAUUCUUUGGAGGUUAGGCAUGUCCAGUGACCUUGCUGGUGUGUGGGAGGUGGCACUGAGCGAUGGAGUCCACAGGAUAGAGUUUGAACAUGGCACGACCACUGGAAAGAGGGUCAUCUACGUUGAUGGGAAGGAGAUACUGAGACGGGACUGGAUGUUCAAGCUCGUGGGGAAGGAGACGUUCAGUGUGGGCAAGUCAGACACUAAGGCAACCAUCAACAUUGAUGCAGUCAGUGGUUUUGCCUAUGAGUACACGUUGGAGAUCAACGGGAAGAGCUUGAAGAAGUACAUGGAGAACAGAUCAAAGGUCUCCAGCACCUGGGUGCUCAACUUGGAUGGCACUGACUGCAGGGUGGUCCUGGAGAAAGACACUAUGGAUAUUUGGUGUAAUGGACAAAAGAUUGAAACUGCAGGGGAGUUUGUGGAUGAUGGCACAGAGACACAUUUCACACUCGGAGACCACAACUGCUGUGUGAAGGCCGUGAGCAGCGGGAAAAGACGGGACGGGAUCAUUCACACGCUGCUUGUGGAUGGGACAGAGAUAGCUGAAUGCACAGAGUGACUGUGUGUGUAUGUUUACAUUUGUAUGAAAGCAGGUCAGGUUUGUAUGUGUGACUCUUGGUAUCUAACACUGAGGGAGGGUGUGCAGUUGAGGAAUGUCAUUUAAAGCUGUUGGAGUCAGGGACCAACUGACAGAAAUAUGCGCUCCCAUGUUUUGAUGGCCAUGCCGUGGAGGGUAUAUUAGCCAUAUUGGUAAAGGCUGUAGGCUGUAACUAAUAUAGUGACAGUUAUAGACAGGAUCUACUGUCUGGGCAGUUUUAAGAGAGAAGUUGCAGCCAUAUUUCAGUCACAAAGGGAGAUUUACUGUCUCGAAAUUUAACCUCACAUGGAAAAACCUCUUAAGAGCUGUAAACUGGUACUUUAUAUUGUUAGAAAUACUAAAAAUAUCAGUAAUAUUAUCAAUAGUGGAGGCCAGGCGUGCCAUAUUUUUCUCACUCCACCUGGCUCAGUUUGCCCUCAGGUCAUUCACAUGAACAGUAGGUGUUUUUUACAGAUGUGCUGUAACAGUUGUCACCUUGGAGAAAAAACAGCCACCCACUUUACAAAUAACCUUGCCUGGUAAACCCCAGACUCAACCUGAUCUCCCUGCACUUCAUGCUCGCUUUCUUGUAUUUUUCAAUAUUGUGCAGGAGGAGGAGUAAAUACCAGGGUACAGGAUUAUUGCUUGAAUGUAGCUAGCAUCAUUCCAGUGUGGACUGCUCAGGAGUGAUCUUUGUUUAGUCCUAUGUUGAUGUGUUAAAUGGUCUUUGUUUGAGUGGUUCAGCCAAGUGAUUUUACAGUAAUAUAUAAUUAGCUUGUAGCUGACUGCUGUAGAUGUGUCAAAACAUCCUAGGGUGCAUCGACUACAAUUUAAUGGCUGUAACAGUUUCAUAGACAAUCAUUCGGAUGUCACAUAAUUGCCAGUAAUGAAUCAUACACACAGCUGAAAUACUUCACUUGCUGAUAUCCAAAGAUAGUUUGGAGACUCAUUGUUGUCCUUAGAGAUGUGUGGAAUCCUGUUGUGCUGUCAUAUCAUUAGUCUCUGUUUUAUGUAAGGGCCAGAUGUUGUGGUUAGACAGAAUAUAAGCUCAACAUUUUUAUAAAGUCAUGGUUAUAAAUUAAAGAUAGAACAUUUCUACAGUGUUUCGCAAAUGUUUGUUUACGUUUUGCAAAAAGAGACAUUCACUAUUUGUUGAGCACUGGCAAAAACACUUUCCAUAGUUUUGUCUUUUUGACCGAUAAUCAUAAUCAAAGAAAAACUUCAUUCAAGCUCCAUGACAACAGAGUAAACUUCAUCUGCUGAUGACUAUGAGAUGCAGCUCAAAGCUAAAAGCUACUAAAUGGCCCUUGAGUUAAGAUUUUUUUUUGGUCAAACCCUUUCCAAGGUCAAAGAUGAUCUUUCAUUCUCAAUAGACUGAUUUCUAACAGUUGUGGUAUUGUAUCUUUAAGAAUAUGAGACUUCACUUUAUGUCUUUUAUAUGUUCUAUAUAAAAAUGUUUAUACUUGUA